GAUUGACAGGAGCGCACACGUGACUCGUGACGCCUGUGACACGACGUGACACAUUACGUCAAAGAGUGGUAGUGGAAAAAGAAAAUCAAAACAGAUAAAACAAUUUUAACAAUUCCAUAUUUGCUGCUUUUGCUUUCAUAUUAUUGUGAAAUAUAAAUCCGUACAGUGACAGAGUGAAACUUCGGGAAGUAUUACUUGUUGAGUGAAGUAGGAACCAAGAUUAAAAAAUGAAGACAAGAUUUAAUACAUACGAUAUAGUAUGUGUGGUAGCAGAGCUCCAAAAAUUGGUUGGUAUGCGGGUAAACAAUAUUUAUGAUAUCGACAGCAAAACCUAUCUGAUCAGGCUCCAACGCAGUGAAGAAAAGCAAGUACUUAUGCUAGAAUCUGGUAACCGUAUUCAUACCACCAACUUUGAAUGGCCAAAAAAUGUGGCACCAUCUGGAUUUAGCAUGAAGAUGCGAAAACACUUGAAAAAUAAACGCCUUGAGCACUUAAGGCAACUAGGCACAGACAGGAUUGUUGAUCUCCAGUUUGGUAGUGGUGAAGCAGCAUAUCAUAUAAUAUUGGAGCUUUAUGAUAGAGGAAACAUCAUCCUGACUGAUUAUGAAUUUACAAUUUCCAACAUAUUGAGACCACACACUGAGGGUGACAAAGUGAAAUUCGUAGUCAGAGAGAAAUAUCCUCAAGAUCGCGCAAGGGAGACCACUGCCGUCACCAAAGAAGCUAUGCUAGAAAUAUUGCACAAAGCCAAGUCUGGUGAUCCAUUGAAGAAGGUGUUAGUACCUAAUUUAGAAUAUGGUCCACCUCUUAUCGAACAUGUACUCGUAAAACAUGGAUUUACUAAUGCUACUAAAAUUGGUAAAACAUUCAAUAUUAUGGAAGAUAUUGAUAGACUUAUGGAAGCUUUGCAAGAGGCUGAGGAUAUUCUUCAAGCUGCAAAAAAGGAACACUCAAAGGGUUAUAUUAUUCAAAAGAAGGAAGAACGUCCUGUUACAGAUACCAAUAAGGAAACAGAGUUUUACUCAAAUCAAGAAUUCCAUCCAAUGCUGUUUCAGCAACAUGCUUCCCUACCUCACAAAGAGUAUGAAACAUUUAAUGAAGCUGUUGAUGAAUUCUUUUCAUCACUAGAGAGUCAAAAGAUUGAACUGAAAGCUGUUCAGCAAGAGAGGGAUGCAAUGAAGAAGCUAGAGAAUGUUAGGAAGGAUCAUGACCAACGUUUAGUAGCUCUGGAAAAAACACAAAAUGUAGACAAACAAAAAGCUGAGCUUAUUACCAGAAACCAGGAGUUGGUUGACAGCGCAAUAUUGGCUAUACAGACUAUCUUAGCCAAUCAGGUACCCUGGGACAAUAUCAUAGAAAUGGUAAAAGAAGCUGCCUCAAAAGGAGACCCUGUAGCACAAAAGAUAAAGGAGUUGAAACUUGAGAUAAACCAUAUUAGUUUAUAUUUAACAGAUCCAUAUGAAGAACCUGACAGUGGAGGUGAAUCAGAUGAUAGUGAUAGUGAUAAGUUGCCGCCGAUGACAGUUGAUAUUGAUUUGGCACUUACUGCAUUUGCUAAUGCUAGAAAGUACUAUGAUAAGAAAAGGUUUGCAGCAAAGAAGCAACAAAAAACGUUGGAAUCGCAAUCUAAAGCCUUGAAAAAUGCUGAAAAGAAAACAAAACAGACUCUGAAAGAGGUGCAGACCAUAACAAACAUUAACAAAGCCAGAAAGACGUAUUGGUUUGAAAAGUUUUUCUGGUUCAUCAGUUCCGAGAAUUACCUCGUUAUUGCAGGUAGAGACCAGCAACAAAACGAAUUAAUAGUAAAGAGAUACAUGAAACCAAAUGACGUGUAUGUCCAUGCUGAUAUCCAUGGAGCCAGUAGCGUGGUUAUAAAGAACCCAAGUGGUCAGCCUGUACCUCCAAAGACGCUGAAUGAAGCUGGAACUAUGGCCAUCUGUUACAGUGUAGCUUGGGAUGCAAAAGUGGUGACAAACGCAUACUGGGUGUGGGGUAACCAAGUGACGAAAACCGCACCCACUGGAGAGUACCUAUCAACAGGUAGUUUCAUGAUCCGAGGAAAGAAAAACUUUCUUCCUCCAUCCCAUUUGAUAUUGGGACUAGGGUUUCUCUUCCGUUUGGAAGAUGGCUGCGUUGAAAGGCAUUUGGGAGAAAGAAAGGUGUUAACUCAAAAUGAAGAAGAUGCUCUAGGUAUUGAGGCUAGUGAACAGAGCAAGGAUGAGGUCGAGGUGGAGAUAUUGGAUGAGAGUGAUGAAGAGGAAACCAAAGAAGAGACAACAGUGACAGAUGCUGCUGAUAAAGAAAAUUCAGCAGGUAAGCCCGAAAAGGAGGAAAAUAUUCAAGAAGAUGUAACAGAGGAGUCUAAAGAUCAUCCAGAAAAAUCCAGUGAUGAUGAUGAUGAGGAGGAUGCAAAAUUUCCUGACACUCAAAUAAAAAUUCAGCACUUUGCUGGCACAAAGAUUAACAUCUUAACGGAGCCUUCAAAUAUUGGGAAUAAAUUGAAAGAUGAAGAUAUCGACAAUGUAAUUUACUUAGGAGACGACAAGCCUAUUAUUGUAACUUCAAAGGGCUCUAAAAGUAGAGGAAAUAGCGAAUCUAAAAAUAAAAAACCUAAGGACCAGGAUAAAAAAGUUGAGUUUAAAGAAUCCAAACAGCAACAGAUUCAACAGAAAAGAGGCCAAAAAAGCAAACUGAAGAAGAUCAAAGAAAAGUAUAAAGAUCAAGAUGACGAAGAGAGGAAAUUGAGGAUGGAUAUCUUACAGUCUUCCGGUUCGUCCAAAGACAACAAAAAGAAUAAGAAAAACAAAGACGGUUCCUCUGACGUGAAAAGGAAACAAGAACCCAGGCAACCAAGGCCUGUGGUUCCCAAGGAGCCAGGUGAAGAAGGGGAUGAUGAGGAACCUACCGUUCAAGCUGACGUUGAUAUGAUUGAUUCUUUGACUGGUAUUCCUGUUACUGAAGAUGAGUUGUUGUUUGCGGUGCCUGUAGUUGCUCCAUACAAUACACUAUCUAAUUACAAAUUCAAGGUAAAGUUGACGCCAGGUACAGGGAAGCGAGGUAAAGCUGCUAAAACAGCUGUGGCGAUGUUCCUUAAAGAGCGUACAGUCACACCAAGGGAAAGAGACCUUCUAAAAGCUGUUAAGGAUGAGCAACUGGCUAGAAAUAUUCCUGGAAAGGUGAAACUGUCAGCACCUAGGCUACAAAACCUAAGAAAGUAGAUAAUUUACUUGGGGAAAUAUUAGCUGUGAAAAAUAAAGUGAUUAUUUCUAA